AUGAUUACAACCAACAUCAAUGGUGAUGUAUCAUGUCGGAUUCCUUGCGAUACAGUAUCACAUACGACCUCCUCUUCUGGUCUGCCUAUCACAGUCGAAUCACUGGCUGCAUCCGGCAAGAAGAACCUUUCUCCUGACAAUUGGAAUCCGAAUGCACAUGAAUCGACAUUAUCGGUAUCAUCGAGUUCUUCUGACGAAUGCGAGUCACGAAAUCUAUCAGACUGUGGAAUUCCUCUGGACGAUUCUAAGUCGGAGCUCUGUCCCAUAUUGGAAUUUGAAUCACUCAGAAACAUCAAGGAAGGUUUUCAAAGCAAACAGAAUCAAGCUUUGGAUGAUACGACUAGAAACUCUCGAAUAACUUUGGUUGAAAACAAACGAUUCCUGUCUAAUGGACAUCAUCCGCUCCGACAAAGCAACCAUUCACGUAUAGCUCGGUCAAACACAAGUGAUGUUGUGACGCGACAUCAUUUGAAGCAACACACUUUGUUUAUACAGCUGAGAGACAGGUCUCCCCAAACUGCAUCUAUAGAGGGGUCUCCAGGUCCUUCUCGAAGUCCAAUAGUAAAAUCUCCGCAUAAACAAAGUACAACGCAAAGAUCUAGCCAAAGUAGAACGAUUUCAUCCGAUCAAAGUAAACCUCAAACUCAUAUCUCACGUGAUGUAGCCAUCGAAUUGAUGUCACAAUUCUUAGAUGAAUUUGGUCACCUUUAUACAGAUUCAGAGGCAUGUACACUCUUAAAGAAAUGUGGAGAUUGGACUUUAUUAUUUGAAGUCUCUACUUUAAAAUCACAAGAGUUUUUAGGAAUGGAAGUCUCCGAAGGCGAAGAUUUGAAAGAUCAGAAGCAGUAUCUAGAGGAGGUAAUGGCUAUGAUCUGGGAUGAAGAGGAGGAUAAGGUAUUAUUGAUACCGGAAAAAGAACUGACGAGUCAAGAUAGGGUACAGCUCCGAGUGAUUGAGAAACGGAAAGGACUUCAAGCCAUUGCUAAUCGGAAAGUUUUCCUUGAUGUAUUGAAGAAAAAAUGA